AUGGCAGAUGAAGAUGAUGGAUUACAAUUAAAUAUUUGUUAUUUACAACGUGUACCUAAAAAAGAAAUAAAUUCAAAAGCAGAAGAGGAAGCCUACUUUAAAGAAAAUAUCAGUAAUAAUAAUAACUUUACAAAUAAUAGAGCAUAUAGAGAGAAAACAAACAAAAAUGAAAAUAAUUUAAAUAAUAAUAAGAACAACAACAAUAACAACAAUAAUAAUAAAACUUACAAUAACAACAAUAGUAAUAAUAGUUACAAUAAUAAUAAUUACAAUAAUAACUCAUUUAAUAAUAAUAAUAAUAAUAACUAUAAUAAUAAUAAUAGCAAUAAUAAUAAUAAUUCAAAUAAUAAUAAUUUAAAUAAAAAACCAACAUUUUUAGAAAAGAAAAUUCAACAAGAACAAAAACAAAAAGAAUUAAAAGAAUUAAAAGGACCACAACAUCAUAGAUAUAGGAAUCAAGAGAAUGAAGAGUCAAAUGCAAUUGAAUCAAAUUCAAAUAAUUUUAAAGAUAAAUAUAAGUUUGCAGAAAAUAAAACUAAAAAAGAUGAAUUUAAUAGACCAAUUUUAGAAACAAUUGAAAGUAAUAUUAAAGUUGAAAAAUCUGAAACAUUCAGUUCAAUGAAUUGGGGUUCAUUACAAUUAUCUGAAACAUUGGUAAGGAAUUUAGUUGGACAUAUGAAACAUGAAAAACCAACACAUAUUCAAGAGGCAUCGAUAACACCAAUUUUAAAAGGUAAUGAUGCAUUGGUUAAGGCACAAACUGGUAGUGGUAAAACUUUAUCCUAUUUAAUACCAGUGGUGCAAAAAUUAACCGAACAACGUGUUACAAGAUCAGAUGGUUGCUAUUGUGUAAUCAUUACACCAACAAGAGAAUUAUCAUCACAGAUUUAUGAAGAACUUCAAAAACUUUUAAAACCAUUCUAUUGGAUCGUUCCGGGUAUAAUUAUGGGUGGUGAGAAUAGAAGUGCUGAAAAAGCACGUAUACGUAAAGGUAUAAAUAUUUUAGUUGCAACACCUGGUAGAUUAUUAGAUCAUUUACAAAAUACUCAAUCAUUUCCAACUGAUAAUAUUAAAUGGUGUAUUUUGGAUGAAGCUGAUAAAUUAUUGGAUUUAGGUUUUGAAAAGGAUGUUACCACUAUCAUUAAUUUAUUAGAUUCAAAAAAGAGAACAAUGAAAUUCAAAAGACAAAAUAUUUUAGUUUCUGCUACUCUUAGUGAAGGUAUUUCAAGAUUGGCUUCAUUAUCAUUAACAAGUCCAGUUUACAUUGGUUUGGAUUCAAAAGUAUUAGAAAAAGGUGAAAAUCCAUUCCAAGCUGCUGAAAAAGAAAUGCUUCAAGCUCCAAAACAAUUGGAUCAAUUUUAUGUUGAAGUUGAAUCAAAAGAACGUCUAACUUCUUUAAUAGCCUUUAUUAGAUGGAAAACUUCAAAUAUUACAAUUGAUAAAGGCGAUGUUGCCUCUGGUAAUAGUUCAGCAAAUUCAAAAAUGAUUGUUUUCUUUUCAUCAUGUGAUUCAGUCGAUUUUCAUCAUUAUAUGUUUAGUAAUAUGAAAAUGGAUAAAGAGAGAGGUGUAAAAAGAACAAAGAAAGAACAAAUUAAACAAGAUAAAUUAAUUCAACAACAUAAACAAAAGAAUUCAAAAAUUUUCCAAACUGGUAAUGAAAGUGAUGAUGAAGAAAGUGAUAAUGAUGAUAGUGACGAUAGUGAUUCAAAUAAUUCAGAUUCAGAAACUGAUGAAGAAAAAGAAAUUGAAAAACAAAUUAAAGAGGCAACAUCAAAUCCAAAUUAUAGGGUAAAAACAUCAGUUUUUUCAGUACCAAUUUUUAAACUUCAUGGUGAAUUAGAUCAACAAACUAGAACUAAAACAUUUUUUGAUUUUAAAAAUUCACCAAAUGGUAUUUUAUUAACUACCGAUGUUUCAGCAAGAGGUUUAGAUUUACCAUCGGUAAAUUGGAUCGUUCAAUAUGAUCCAUGUUCCGAUACAAAAGAUUAUAUUCAUAGAAUUGGUAGAACUGCUCGUUUAGGUAAUCAAGGUUGUUCAUUAUUAUUCCUUUUACCAAGUGAAAAGAAGUAUAUUGAUCAUUUGGCUAAAUUUAAUGUCUCUGUUAAAGAAAUGAAAGUUACAACUAUUCUUCAAAGUUUAUUCUACACAAGUGAUGGUCAAUUGAAAAAAACUUCAAAAUCUUCACAAUUGGAAUCACAAGUACACGAUUUACAAUUACUAUUUGAAAGAUUUUUAAUUUAUGAUUCAAAAGCAAAGGAAAUGGCAAGAUGUGCUUAUCAAUCUUUCCUUAGAUCUUAUGCAACUCAUAAAGCUGAUGUUAAAUCAAUAUUUCAUAUAUCUUAUUUACAUUUAGGUCAUGUUUCAAAGAGUUUUGCACUAAGAGAAACUCCAACAGAAUUAAAUAAAAUGUCUGCUGGUAUUAAAGGUGCUAAAGCGGCUAAAAAAGGUGAUGAAGAUACACUCCAAAAACAAACUGCUGAUUUUAAAAUGAAAAAUUAUAAAUCUGUAAAUGAAUUCUCUGAUGGUUUAAAUGAUCAACCUUUACAAAGAGCAAAUUUCCAUUAUGAAUCUGCUAGUGGUGUCAUUCACAAUAUCUAUCAACGUCAUUUCAAUAGAAACGAAAGAGAUGAAGCUGAUAAAAACUCAAAUCCAAAAGAAAUCAAAGAAAAGAAAAGAAGAUUAUAUGAUAAAAAAAUUGAAUCAAAUAAAAAAUUUAAAUCAAAAUAA